UUCAUUUUAUUUCCUUACAGGUACCCAUCAUCACCAUAGCACACAGCAGUGGUUAUGAAACGGAGGCAGUGUAAACCCAGCACGCUAUAAGAGAUCUUUCCUGUGGCGAAUGGGUAUUGACAGUUUUUGCAGUUUGGACGGUUCUGAUCCGUUUUGGGAUUGGAACCGAACAUGGCAAACACACAAUCCAGACCUGACACCAUGUUUCCAGAACACACUGCUGGUUUGGAUACCCUGCCUCUACCUCUGGCUGUUUGCACCGUUCUACAUCCUAUACCUCAAAAGCCAUGACUGUGGAUACAUAUGUAUGACCCACCUCAACAGAGCCAAAACAGUUAUCGGGUUUACCCUAUGGCUUAUCUGCUGGGCAGAUGUUUUCUACUCUUUCUGGGAAAGAAGCCGUGGGGCUACAAUAGCCCCAGUCUACCUAGUCAGCCCCACAAUGCUUGGCAUUACAAUGUUGCUGGCUACAUUCUUGAUCCAGUAUGAGCGGAUGAAGGGGGUCCAGUCCUCAGGGGUGAUGCUCAAUUUUUGGCUGAUCGCCAUAGUGUGCGCUACGGUCACCUUUCGCUCCAAGAUCCUGCUUGCGUUGAAUGAACCUGCCAGUGUGGAUGUGUUCAAAUAUACCACCUUCUACAUAUAUUACACCAUGCUGCUCAUCUCUCUGAUCCUGGCCUGCUUGUCCGACCAGCCUCCGCUCUUUUCACAGGCUGUCAAAGACUUGAAUCCAUGUCCAGAGUUGGGAGCUUCGUUCCUGUCCAAAAUCACUUUCUGGUGGAUCACAGGAUUAUUGGUUAAAGGUUAUAAAAGGCCUCUGGAGGAGAAGGAUCUGUGGUCGCUCAACAUGGAGGAUAAAUCUCAGAGAGUGGUGCCACAGCUAGUGCGACGCUGGGACCAAGAAUGCAAUAAGGUCAAAAGGCCAGUAGAUAAGACACUCUACUCCCCAAAACGAGCAGCAAAGGGCGAAAAGAAGGAUGGACAACCAAUAGAGGAGUCUGAGAUUUUGCUUGUGAAAACCCUUCAGAAAACUGGUGAUCCGUCUCUCUUCUGUGCACUCUGCCGAACCUUUGGACCAUACUUUCUUGUCAGCUCUCUUUAUAAGAUUAUUCAUGACAUCCUGAUGUUUGUUGGACCUGAGAUUCUCAGGUUGUUGAUCCAGUUUGUGAAUGAUUCAAGUGCCCCCACUUGGCAUGGCUACUUCUACACCACCCUGCUGUUCGUUUGUACCUGUGUGCAAACCCUCAUUCUGCAGAAAUAUUUUCACGUUUGCUUUGUGACUGGCAUGAGGUUACGUACGGCCAUCAUUGGUGCUGUAUAUAGGAAAGCCUUGGUUAUUACCAAUGCUGCCCGUCGAACAUCCACUGUCGGAGAGAUUGUGAAUCUGAUGUCUGUAGAUGCACAGCGGUUUAUGGACCUCAUCACCUAUAUCAACAUGAUUUGGUCGGCACCUCUGCAAGUUAUCCUGGCCCUCUACUUCCUGUGGCGGAAUCUGGGUCCUUCUGUGCUUGCUGGAAUUGCUGUGAUGGUGCUGAUGGUUCCCAUAAAUGCAGUCAUUGCCAUGAAAACUAAAACCUACCAGGUUGCCCAAAUGAAAAGCAAAGACAAUAGGAUCAAGCUUAUGAACGAGGUGCUAAAUGGCAUUAAAGUGCUUAAACUCUACGCAUGGGAACUGGCGUUCAAAGAUAAAGUGUCUGCCAUCCGAGAGAGUGAAUUGCAGGUGCUGAAGAAGACUGCUUACCUUGGUGCCGUGUCCACCUUUACUUGGGUCUGCGCACCAUUUUUGGUUGCCCUCUCCACGUUUGCGGUAUAUGUGUUAGUGGAUGAACAUAAUAUUCUGGAUGCGCAGAAGGCGUUUGUUUCUCUGGCUCUGUUCAACAUCCUGCGCUUCCCUCUAAAUAUGUUACCCAUGGUCAUCAGCAGCAUGGUGCAGGCCAGUGUGUCUAUGAAGCGUCUGCGUGUGUUUCUGUCCCAUGAGGAGUUGGAUGAAGACAGUGUGGAGCGGACAGCCAUCACUGGAUCUCCUGACUGCAUCAGGAUUGUGGACGGAGCUUUCAGCUGGUCUAAAGACGACCCCCCUACUUUGAAGAGGAUUAAUGUGUGUAUCCCUGAGGGGGCUCUGGUUGCUGUGGUAGGGCAUGUGGGUUCGGGGAAAUCAUCUCUGCUUUCAGCUUUGCUGGGGGAGAUGCAGAAGCAAGAAGGAAAUGUGUCAAUCAAGGGCUCUGUGGCUUACGUGCCUCAGCAAGCAUGGAUCCAGAACGCCACCCUCAAAGACAACAUCUUGUUUGGUCGCGAAAGCAAAGACAGCUGGUACCAGAAAGUGGUGGAGGCCUGUGCUCUCCUACCAGACCUGGAGAUCCUACCUGGAGGAGACUCAACGGAGAUUGGGGAGAAGGGCGUGAAUCUGUCUGGAGGUCAGAAACAGCGGGUGAGUGUGGCCAGGGCUGUGUACUGCAGCUGUGCUGUGUAUCUGUUGGAUGACCCGCUCUCUGCCGUGGACGCCCAUGUAGGAAAACACAUCUUUGAGAAGGUCAUCGGACCUCAGGGCUUGCUACAGGGCAGAACUCGGGUUCUGGUGACCCAUGGGUUGAGCUUCCUGCCCCAGGCUGACCUGAUCCUGGUGAUGGUGGAUGGAGAAAUCACAGAGAUGGGCUCUUACACCGAGCUGCUGGACAGACAGGGCGCCUUCGCUGAGUUCCUGCAUACCUACAGCAACACAGAGCAAGAGGAGGAGGAGGAGUCAGUGGGAGAAGAGGGAGGGGAGACAGAGGACGAAAAAGGGAAAUCUGAAGAUUCAGUCCCACGGAAAGGACUCGAGAAUGGGGGGCCUGCUGCCUUGUUGGGGGAGAGUCAGAACGCUCUUAAUGCAGCAGGCACAGGUAAAAUACAGAAGACUGAACCUAACGAAGCUGCUGACGCAAAGAAGACCAAAUCUGCAGAAUCUGCCCGACUGACUGAGGCAGACAAGGCCAACACUGGCAGGGUGAAGCUGUCUGUGUUUUGGGAGUACAUGAAGGCUAUCGGCUUGCCGCUGUCCAUCUUCAGUGUCUUUCUGUUCUUCUGUCAUCACCUGUCCUCUCUGGCCUCAAACUACUGGCUCAGUCUCUGGACAGAUGACCCUGUUAUCAACAACACUCAGCCCAACAGAGAGAUGCGCUUAGGGGUGUAUGGAGCCCUGGGACUCUCACAAGGCAUUGCAGUGUUCGGCUAUUCUGUGGCGGUGUCUAUUGGUGGGAUCUUAGCCUCCCGCUACCUGCACCAGACAAUGCUCUACAAUGUCCUGAGAUCGCCCAUGUCAUUCUUCGAACGCACACCCAGCGGCAACCUGGUCAAUCGAUUUGCCAAAGAGACAGACACCAUUGAUUCGGUCAUCCCUAGCAUCAUAAAAAUGUUCAUGGGCUCCAUGUUUAAUGUUCUGGGCUCAUGUGCUGUCAUCCUCAUCGCCACGCCGCUGGUAGCCAUCAUCAUCCCCCCUCUGGGCCUGCUGUACUUCUAUGUACAACGUUUCUAUGUGGCGUCUUCCCGGCAACUAAAACGACUGGAGUCUGUGAGCCGCUCUCCGGUCUAUACGCACUUCAAUGAGACGCUGCUGGGAACCAGUGUGAUCAGAGCAUUUGGAGAGCAGCAGCGCUUCAUCAGGGAGAGUGACGGCAGAGUGGACUACAACCAAAAAGCUUAUUUCCCCAGCAUUGUAGCUAACCGAUGGCUGGCGGUGAGGUUGGAGUUUGUGGGGAACUGUAUUGUGACAUUUGCAGCGCUUUUUGCUGUGAUGGCUAGGGACAGUCUGAGUCCAGGAAUCAUGGGGCUUUCCAUCUCCUAUGCGCUACAGGUCACAGCAUCUCUAAACUGGUUGGUGCGGAUGUCCUCUGAGCUGGAGACUAACAUAGUAGCGGUGGAGAGGGUGAAGGAAUAUGGAGAUACAGAGAAAGAGGCUGAAUGGAGGUUGGAGCAUUCAACUCUGCCUGCCGGCUGGCCGACCAUUGGUCACAUUGAAAUCCGCAACUUUGGCUUGAGAUACAGAGAGGACUUAGAGCUGGCUAUUUGUGAUAUCUCGGUCAACAUUGAGGGAGGAGAAAAAGUGGGAAUUGUGGGUAGGACAGGAGCAGGAAAGUCCUCUCUAACAUUAGGGCUCUUCCGCAUCAUUGAGGCAGCUCAGGGGGAGAUCUGUAUAGAUGGAGUGAACAUUGCUGAGCUGGGCUUGCAUGAGCUACGAUCCAGAAUUACAAUCAUUCCCCAGGAUCCAGUGCUGUUCUCAGGUUCCUUGCGUAUGAAUCUGGAUCCCUUCGAUGGCUUCACUGAUGAGGAGGUGUGGAGAGCUCUGGAACUCGCACAUCUCAAGAACUUUGUGUCUGGCCUGCCUGACAAACUCAACCAUGAGUGUUCAGAGGGUGGAGAGAAUCUCAGUUUGGGUCAGCGGCAGCUGGUUUGCCUGGCUCGAGCUCUCCUCAGGAAAACCAAGAUUCUGGUUUUGGAUGAAGCCACUGCAGCUGUGGAUCUGGAGACGGACAAUCUGAUACAGUCCACUAUCCGAACUCAGUUUGAGGACUGCACCGUUCUGACCAUCGCACAUCGCCUCAACACCAUCAUGGACUACACAAGGGUGCUGGUUCUCGAUAAAGGCCAGAUGGCAGAAUUUGAUUCUCCAUCCAGUUUAAUUGCCAAGAAGGGAAUUUUCUACAAGAUGGCCAAAGACUCAGGUUUGGUCUGAUAAUUAGAGGGGCCAAAGAGCCCUCUGCUCAUCUAGGACAUAUCACUGGCCAUGGAGAGUGGACCUGGCGAGACAUGGACUCUGAAGGUACCUCUUCUGUGGGCCUGGAGCUCACACACAGUGUGAAUAUGACACCACUCCAUUCUUAUGAUCCUCAGCUACCGUAGCCCUCCGUUUUCAAAUUUUAAAGGCUUUGCUACAUUGAAGAUUGUUUGAUGCCAUCAUUUGGGAUGUUUGAAACUAGUUUGAUUUCUUCAUAGCCAUGUAUUUGUUGUCAGUUUUCAUUUGAAAGACUUCUCAUUUUACCACUAAGCCACACUCUUUCUGCUAGUGGUUUAUUGUUAGUGAUGAAAACCUUUAUUUUUGCAACAUUGUUUCACUAGAAGGAGUAAAGAACAAAGUUUCUUUGUUCAGUGUACCAUUGAUGCAAUGGUCAGAUGUAUACUGACCAAAUAGCUGCUGGGAAAUCCCUCCAUGAGCGGGAGGGGCUUCAUCCCAAGCCAAAGUUAUAUAUUUUAAGCUAUUCUCAUCAUCAAAGAAAGGUUCAAUAAAAAGAGACUUUUGUCCAGAUAGCCAUUGUUUUCUCUCAGUUAAACUUUAUUUAUACUUUAAGAAUAUCUGUUACAAAAUUUAUUUUCUUUUAUUUUAUCGUAUAACAUAUUUAUUACUGGAUAAUUCCCACUGAUGGUGACUUAAGCCUCGUCUUACCAAUAUCAUGCAGUAGAGGCUACAUUGGCCUACUGCUUUCAUUGGUGAAUGUAUUUAGCUGGCGUAUUUGAUUUAUGAUCUGUUUACUGUUAUUAUUUUUCACUGAUCAUUUCACCAAAAACAAUGAAUGCACUUAUUGUUCUGUAUGAAAAAAAAAAAAUUCAAACCAGUGUGGGUUUUUUUUUUUUCAGUUUUGGUGUGGGUGAUAUUGUUUUUAAAACUAGUAUGAAUUGUCCUAAACCAAAUUAAGGUCAGAUACCCAAGUUGUAGUAGUUCUGUAAGGACAGGUUGCAGAUGGCUGUACCUGCUGAGCUGUGUGAUGUGUGCUUCACUCUGUAUGCUGUAUACCAUACAUCUGUUGAAUGUACGCUUGAGUGCGCCAUGUUGUUUCAUUCAUCAGUACCUCCACUCUAGAUCAUGUAAGCCUUUUGAGUAAUUUUCAAGGCCAAUCAUUUUUUUUAAACAACUGACAAAGAUGGAUUUAAAUGAAGACAAAAAAAAAAAAAACUAUGAAACUCUGAUUUGUUACAUAUGAUUUGUAUUUAAGCAUAAAGGUUAUUAUUUGAUAUUUGCAUACAUGCACUAGUUUUAAGUGUACUUAGUUUCAUAAAUCAAGCUAUGUAAAGAAGAAAUAUAAAUAAAUUUUUUGUAAAGA